UCACCCACAACCCCACCAUCUACAGUUACAACCACAGCUAUCUCAAGCCACUUUGCUCUUGCGGACGCACGCUCCUACCCUCGCAUCAUCGCAUAAUGGCCACAUUGGGAGGUGCCACUCCUAUCCGAGUGAGCUCUCCAUAUCGCGGCCCAGUUGCUGUCCUCGUGGAUCCCGAAGAUGAUGUACCCAAUGUGGAGAUGUCUGUCAGGCUGGACGAUUACCUCAACGACAAGAUUCAGACUAGAGCAGAUUUUGCCAGUCUUCCUGAGCUCCUGGUCAAGGUGGAACAACAGACAAAACAUCUGCAGGAACAAGUUCGCAUUUUCUCUCUACUAUUGGAGUAGUAUGGCAAUACUAACUUUCUAUAGCUUCAAGAUGCCAGAUCCAAGCUCGAUGCUUCUAAGCAAGCCUCCGCAGAUUAUACUUCGAAAAUGCUAGAGCAAACAAAGCAAUUCAAGAUACAGCAAAAGAGUGUUCAGAAGCGAUUAAAGAUAGUGACGAAUUCGGAUAGCCCUGAAGAAGCUACGAAAUUUUUAAAGGGUCCUAUGGAGAGGCUCCGAAGAGUGGAACUGGCAGCAGCAUACGUGCAGUUAUUGAAGGAUGUGGACGAUCUGAUAAAUGACGCACGAAGCCAUCUACCUGCCGAGCCCAAAGAAGCCUUGAAAUCGUACGUCCAAUUGAAAGAGCUUUCCAUAUCGCUCAUUCAACUCCAGGAAGAAGCAGAAGGCGCGGCUGUACAUCUUGUGGGAUAUGUUCAGAAGGCAGUGGAAGGACUUUGGGCUGAAAUGCAAAAAAUCAUGACAGAUGAAUUUGAAGCGAUUCUCAAAAAGGCAGAAUGGCCUGGUAUUCAACGCGCCCCGACGAGAGAAUGGAGUGACUGUUUUGAAAAGCUGUUGGAUUUACAAGCUCCUGAAAUUUUGACAGCAAGAGAACCUCUGAUACUUCUGCCCAUGAGCGUCCUAGCCAAGAACUUUCGACUACAGUUCAAGUAUCAUUUUUUCAGUGACAAACCUACAAAUGCCACCCACAGAGUUAGUCUGCCCUUGUUUCUAUAUAGUUCUCACUAACAUCCUUCAGCUUGGAGAAUUCUUUUUUGAGUGGUUCAUAGGAACUAUUGCAAAAUGGCAAGACUAUCUUAGAGAAACUCUAUCACCAAUACUUGCUGCUCAUUUCCGUGGCAGUAUCUUGGCAGGAAACAGCUUAUAUGUGGACCCAGUCGCUGCUUUCAUUACUGCUCUAUUACCGGUCAUGAAAGAGAAGAUCGACCUGCUUUUGACUGACAUAAUCAACGAUCCCCAAUUGCUCAGUCGGUUCAUCCCUCAACUGAUGAAAUUCGAUGAGGCUCUCAGAACAAGGUUCAAUUAUGAUGCCGGUAAUCCUGAGCUAGGAUGGAAAGGGUUGACAUGGGAUGUAUUGUCCCAAUGGUUCAAUCCUUGGUUAUCUGCUGAGAAAGAAUUCGCCCUUGCUCGUUAUCGUGAAAUCAUCAGAUCUCCGGACAAUGGUCAGAUUGAUUUUGAUAGUAGCAGUCCUGGCAAGACGAAGCAUACGCAUGGAUCGACCAAGGUUAUGGAUCUUCUUCAGACUGUGACUUAUCAGUAUCAGCCUCUUCGGAGAUUCUCUCACAAGGUUAAAUUUCUUAUUGACAUACAAGCGGAAAUUCUUGACCAGUAUUAUGGACUUCUGAACGACUCCCUGGAGGCUUACAUGUCGGCCACUACCACUGUUGGUCGUACGUUACAUGGCAUCUCCCGGGAAGAACAGGCCAAGCUUGAAGGGGUUGGGGGCCUAGAAAUUCUGUGUAAAGUGUAUGGCAGUGCAGAUUAUGUCACGGCAAUGCUCAAGGAGUGGAGCAACGAUGAAGUAAGUCGCUAGUCCCCGAACUUCAUAGCAGCACAUACUAAUGUUCAUAGUUUUUUGUCGAUCUCUGGGAUCAAUUACAGAAUAGAGCCAAGGUCACAGAAGUUGACGCCAAUCUCGUUGGAGAAAUGACUUAUGGUGAAGUCAAGGACUGCACCUCAAAUGCUGUUGGUUCCGAAGAGGAAGGAUCUGUUUUUGAUGUCACCAUCAAUAAUUUUGAACGACUCCAAAAGAAAUCCGAAUCGCUUCUGAUUGAGGCUGUCAAGUAUUCUUUCCAAACAUCCUUCCGACAGUACUUUAGUAAACCUCAAUGGACGACCGUUGGCGCCGACUCAGCUCCAAGUAAGUCGUUACCCACCUUUCUCACUCCAUACAAUUCUAACCCCAAACUUGCAGCUCCCUCGGUUCUUGCAAUUACACCAGAACUAGACCAGCCUCUUCGAGUAAGUUGCAAUAAGUCCUUGGAUAUCCCGAUUUGUGUACUAACACUUCCCCAGGUACUCAAAGAAAACAUGACCUUCCUCUACAAAACCUUGUCCUAUCCACCCUUCCGUCGAAUCUGGCGCUCCUCGUUUGACUACCUCCAAGAUCUUCUUUUUCAAGAAGUUCUCGUUAAACAAGAUUUCUCCAGUCUCGGAUCAGCACGCUUCGUGCAAGAUAUCCUUGCCAUUCAAAGUGUUGUGCAAUCCUGCAUUGAUUCCACGUCAAGAUCAGCCUCCGUUCUAGGCAUGGAAAAAUUAAAGGAAGGCGCUGCGUUAUUGAGUUUACCAGUCGAGGCACAUGAGGAACAAGUAUCAUUGAAGGACGCUUAUCAGGAGAUUUUCUCCGAUGCAAAGGGAGCGGAGAGAAUGUUGAAGAAGUUAGGUUUGGAGCGAUUGAGUAAUUUUGAGGCGAGGAGGAUAUUGCAGCAUAGGGUUGAGGCUAGUCUAUAAAGGGGGAUUGAGUUAUUGUGGAAGUAUAUAUUCACUGGUACUGUUAUUUGUAUUAGUAUUCGUGGCAAUAUAUACAUAUGCAGGGACUCUGGGCAGUUCCUUUUUAGGCAAAUAUCAGCGAAUGC